AUGACGAACACGAAUCAUUUCUCAAUUAUCACAAAGGGGUUAUCGCGUCCUCGUGUGACGUCACUGCCUGAUGACGUCGUGUGGCAGAGCCGGGGAGGGGGUGAGAGCUGGGGGGAUGUGAGAGUGACAGAGCUCGUGUCGCAGGGUGCCAUGGCUGACGUCCCCGUGCCACCCAUAGCUGCCAUGGCCGCCGGCUCCCGUCCUGAGCAGCACCUGCAGCAGCACCUGCAGCACUCCCUGGAGCAGCACCUGCAGCAGCACCUGCAGCACUCCCCGGAGCAGCACCUGCAGCAGCAUCUGCAGCAGCACCUGCAGCACUCCCCGGAGCAGCACCUGCAGCACUCCCUGCCUGCCCCACACCUGCAGCAGCACCUGCAGCACCCCCCGCCCGCCCCACACCCGCAGCACUCCCCGGAGCAGCGCCGUGCCGCCGCCAUCAUCAACCUCCUGCUGCUCUACCGACCCCUGCUCGACGCCUUCAUCAUUGAUUUCUUCACCGAGGACCUGUGGGCACAGCUGCCCCCAGCCUGGCAGCCCGCCCUGGCCAGUGCCACCCCAGCACAGCUGGCCGGGCUCCUGGGAGGCCGUGGUGGCCCGGGGGCCGCCUGGCCCCUGUCCCUGCUGGCCUUUGCUGCUGCUGCCCGUGGCCUUGCCUUCCCCCGGGGCAGCCCAGGAGGGUCCCCACGCCCCCCGUGCCAGAGCUCCCGCCUGCCCCCGCUGCUCCGCCGCCACGUCAAGCCCAAAAAGCAGCACGAGAUCCAGCGCCUGAGCAAGCUGCUGCAGAGGCUGAGCCAGGCCACGGGCUGUGAGCGUGUGGUGGACAUUGGAGCAGGGCAGGGCCACCUCUCCCGGAUCCUGUCCUUUGGCCUGGGGCUGUCGGUCACUGCAGUGGACAGUGACGGCCGCCUGCUGAGCCUGGCUGAGCGCUUCGACCAGGAGCUGCUGCGGGAGCUGGGGAAAUCCAGGGGGCUGGGGAAAACCGGGGGGCUGGGGGAAACCGGGGGGCUGGGGGAAACCAGGGAGCUGGGGAGAUCUAGGGGGCUGGGGGAAACCGGGGGGCUGGGGGAAACCAGGGGGCUGGGGGAAACCGGGGGGCUGGGGAAAUGCAGGGGGCUGGGGCUGCACCCCCUCACCCCCCGUGCUCCACAGCACAUAGCUGGACGCCUGGACCCUGCAGCUCCCUGGGGGCAGUUCCUGCUGCCCCCCAACCCUCCAGGGCCUGGCCCUGCUGCCCAGAACCCGCUGGGGGGCCCGGGGGGCUCUGAGGACGGGGGGCAGGUGCUGGUGACGGGGCUUCACGCCUGCGGCGACCUCAGCCCGGCCCUGCUGUGCCACUUCACCCGCAGCCCUGCCGUGGCUGCCGUGGCUUUGGCCAGCUGCUGCUACAUGAAGCUGUCCACAGCCCCACAACCCCCUGGGUGCCCCUUGGGCUACCCCCUGAGCGCCUCAGUGGCCGCACUGCCGGGCCACCAGCUGUCCUACCGGGCACGGGAGGCUGCCUGCCACGCCCUGGAGGAGUUUGAGGGGCGGCUGCGCGGGGGCAGCUCCCACCUGCGCGCCCACUGCUACCGCGCCGUGCUCGAGAGCCUCAUCUGUGCCACCGACCCCAGCAAGAGGCACCUGGGCCUGCAGCCGGGCAGGAAGGCACACGGCCUCAGCUUCCCCCAAUACGCCCACCUGGGGCUGCCCCUUGCGGGACUGGACCCAGCGAGGGUCCCACUGGACUCGGAGGCUGUGGGGGCCAUGCUGGAGCAGCAGCACAAGGUGGUGGCGUUCUACACCCUGGGGCAGCUUCUGGCACCUGUGGUGGAGACCCUCAUCCUGCUGGACCGUCUGCUCUACCUCCGGGAGCAAGGUUUCCACUGUGCCCUUGUGCCCCUCUUCAACCCCCUGUUCUCCCCACGGAACAUGGUGCUGGUGGCUGCACGGACCCCACUGGCCACAGUGCUGGCUGGGCUGGACAAGGACAGGGAGGACUGGGACAGCAACAAGGAUGAAGAUUUGGGGGAAGGGCAGAGCCCCCAGAGCCCUGAGCACAGACCAUAAUAAACCCAGGAUUUGUAUAGUGGG